UUACUUUUAACAACCCGUGAAAGCGGUUAGCAUAUGACACUGACUGAACGGUUGAAGAAGUAGUAGAUAUGGCUACGAAAGAAGGAAGAGAGUUUGAUUUGGUAGUGUUUGGAGCUACUGGUGUAACAGGACAAUAUGUUGUUGAGGAAGUUGCAAGAAUUUACAAAGAAGAGAACAUCAAGUGGGCAGUGGCAGGACGAAACGUUGACAAGUUAAGAAAUGUCCUCACUGAGUCGGCGAACAACGUUGGCGAAGAAGGAUCUUUGGAUGGAGUGAGUGUAAUUCAAGUGGAUGUAAAAGAUGAAGAUUCUGUGUAUGAAAUGUGCAAACAAACUCGACUCGUUCUUAAUACUGUAGGACCAUACCGCUUUUAUGGAGAACCAGUGGUAAAAGCAUGUGUGGCAAGUGGAACACAUCAUCUGGAUGUCAGUGGAGAACCACAGUACUUGGAAAAAAUGCAACUAAAAUACUUUGAGGAAGCAAAGGAAGCUGGCAUCUAUGUCAUUGGAGCAUGUGGUUUUGAUAGCAUUCCAGCUGAAAUGGGAAUUUCCUUCUUGAAACAAAAAUUUGAUGGUGAUGUCAAUUCAGUGGAAACUUUUAUGAGUCUCAAGAAUGGACCUAAGGGAUCAAAAGUCAACUUUGGAACUUGGCAAUCAGCUAUUUAUGGCUUGGCUCAUGCUUCUGAGCUUAAAAGUUUGAGGAAACAACUGAAUGAUACUCUUUUCCAGGAACCACUGCCAAAAAGUAAUUUCCCUCUGAAGCGCCGAGGAGUUCUUUUCAAGAGUGAUGUUGUUAAUGGCUGGUGUAUUCCAUUUUUGGGAAGUGAUCGUUCUGUGGUGCUACGUAGUCAGAUGUUUGGCUUCAAUUAUCUGAAAGAAAGACCAGUUCAAGUACAGACAUAUUUCCAUUUGUCAUCUCUGCUUGCAUGUCUAGUAACAAUGUUUAUGGCCACAAUCUUUUUUCUAAUGGCCUCCAACAAGUGUGGAAGGUAUUUGCUGGAAAAGUUUCCAGGCUUCUUUUCGCUGGGUACGUUUUCCCGUGGUGGGCCAACAAGAGAACAGGUCAAGGAUAAUUCUUUCACCUGCACCAUUCAUGGUGAAGGAUGGACAGAAAAGCUGACUGAUCCCACAGACCAGCACAAGGACAAGCCAGAUAAAAACCUGACUAUUGUUGUCAAGGGGCCAGAUGCUGCCUAUUUGGCUACUUCAAUUUUCUUGGUGCACUGUGGUUUGACAACUCUGAAAGAUGAGGACAAAAUGCCUGGAAAGGGCGGUGUCCUUACCCCUGGUGCAGCAUUUGCCAAGACUUCCCUCCUUGGACGUCUUCAAAGCCGUGGCAUUGAUUUUAUCGUUAAUGAUCCGUAAACAUUCUUGUUUUUUCACAAUUUUGAAGCAGUAGUCAUAUGUUUUGCUGCAAAAAGUGCUUCAUGCUUAAUAUCUUGCACAGUGUUUUUGGCUUCAAAGAAACCAAUCUAUUUUUCUAUAGCAUGUUACCUUUUGUAAUGGAGUUGUAUUUACGUAAUGUAUUAAUGCCUUUAUGGGAGAAGUGUAUGUGUGUGCAUUGUGAUGAAGCAAAACAAAAAACAAAAAUGCAGUUUUACUGAAGUUUCCAAAUAAAAAAUAUACACUAACUGCAUCUGGUGAGAUGUAAUGUCUAAGAUUAUUUUUUGUGAUAAUUUAUAGUACUUAAAGCAUAAACUUUAAAAUGUUAUUUUGGUUUGGAAUUAACAAUGAAAGAUGAUACUUGUGUUUCUGAUUUUUGAUUUAUACAUUUUUUUUAAGUGGGUAAUGAAAAGUUUGAAAAUAAUAUAACCUUUACUUUUUUGUGUGUGAAGUUAGCAGAUAUUUAAAUUACCCCUAAAAGAUUGCAAGGUUAUUGACCAUUUGUUGCACACUGAAUUAUUUACAGGGUUUAAGAUAAAGAACUUGAUUAAAGUUUAAUAAUCGUUAGCUGUUAACCAGAUGAACUUUAGGUUACAUAGAGGGUUUACAGGUAAAAGAUUAAGUAGUUUCUAAAGUAUUUGAUAGAUUAGGAAGUUUAUGGUGAAGUAGAGAAGUUACUUUUUGAGUAGUACUACAGACUUACAGUAGAUAUGUUUUGUAUAUUAAGUAUUCCUAUGUGAAAAAGUUGAUAAGGAUACUUUACAUUAACAGCUCAGGGUUAUCAAUGUGGUACAAGUAAAUAACACUAUAUUCAUGCACAGUGUCUUGUGUGGAGUUAAACUACUUCAAAAAAAAAAAAACUGUAUUGCACUAAACUACUUAGCAGCUCUUGCUUUUAGGGUCCAGUAUAUGAGACAAAUAAAUAAUACUUAAACCAACA